AUGGAUGCAGUUGAAUCACACGACGAUUACUUCGUGCAAAAAAAGAAUUGUACAUGGACGUUUGAAUUGAGUUACUUCCAAAAGGUCACUACCGCUCUUCGUAUGAUCACAUAUGAGGUUUCUACUGAUGCUACAGAUGAGUACAUUCGCAUUGGCGAAAGCACUGCACUUGAGAGCCUACGUAAGUUCGUUGCUGCAGUUGUAGAAUUAUUUGAAGCGGAAUACCUGAGACAUCCCACUGAGGCUGACAUAGCACGCUCGCUGGCGGUCAAGGAGAAAAGAGGUUCUCAUAACGAUAUCAACGUCCUUCACCAGUCUCCACUAUUCGACAACCUAGCAGAAGGUAAAGCUCCAAAGGUGCACUAUACCAUUAAUGGCCAUGACUACAAGAUGGGGUAUUUGCUCGCCGAUGAUAUUUACCCCUCAUGGGCGACUUUAGUGAAGUCUAUCUCUUCUCCUAUGGGGAAUAAGCAGAAAUAUUUUGCAACAACACAAGAAGCAGCGAGGAAGGAUAUUGAAAGGUUUUUUGGGGUGUUUCAAUCUAAGUUUGCCAUUAUUCGUCAGCCAGGUCGCAUUUGGGAUAGGGAGACACUUGUAUUGAUAGUGAGGGCUUGUGUUAUCAUGCACCAUAUGAUUGUUAAAGAUGAAAGAGUUGUCGACCCUGAUGAGCGGUUCUCGGAUGUUUGUGAAAAUGUGCAACCUUCUCAUGGGAAGCCUACUCGCACACUAGCUGAAUUUAUUGAAGCCCAUAAUAAAAAGAUCAGAGACAAGCCAACACACUUCCAGUUGAAAGAAGACCUCAUCGAGCACCUAUGA